UUUUACUACAUGUCCAAAGAGAAGAAGAACUGGACUGAGAGCAGAAGAUACUGUAGAGAGAGAGGAGCAGAUCUGAUCAUCAUUAACAACAAAGAGGAACAAGAUUUCAUUCACAACAUGUCUGGUAAUGGUAUAUUUUAUAUUGGCCUGACUGACAGAGAAGUGGAGGGCACAUGGAAAUGGGUUGAUAACACCACACAUGUUCUCACCUCUGGCUUCUGGGCGCAAGGAGAGCCAAAUGGAAACCAACAAUAUGAUGAGGACUGUGUUGUGACUGUAGCUGUGCCUCCACCAGAGUGGGGUAAUUUAGUAGGGUGGCUUGAUGUUGCAUGUAAUAAACCUUAUCAAUGGAUCUGUGAGAAGAGAAUUUCACAGUUCAUUCUGCCAUAGGAACAUCACACACCUUUCUGUCACAAGUUCAACAAUCAAAACUUUUUUUAAUAAUUGGUUAUUAUUUAAAAAUGUUUCUCAACCUUGUUUCUAGAAGUCACCCACAAUUGCACAUUUUGACUACCAUUUCAUGUCCUAAAUGCAUAAUGUGCAAAAUGGGACUCCAGAAGUGUUUUUCAUUCAACCACAAAUGCUUUGUAAGUGAACGUAAGAGUUUACCAAUUUAUACGUGAGAUUUGCAGACUUAAUUUAUUUUUUGUACAUUAUCCAGUUAUAGAUCACCAGUCACUGUGAAACACUCCAGUACUUACAACAAGUUUGAAUAAAACAAAGGUGUUAAACAGGAGUUAAGACUGCGGCAUUUGUAUUAAUUAAUUACAGGAUUUGGUUUGUAUUCAUUUUUUUAAUUUAUCUUAAUUGCAUUUAAAUCCCAUUAAAAAUAAUUAAAUCGACACUGUAGAGAAGGGCAAACACGUCCAAUGUACUUCUGCACUGUGUUGAAGUUUCUUUGAAGUUCAAUUUAUCUCAGGUUUUGUUUGUAAGUAUUUUUCAUGGUUUCAAAGUGUGAGACAAGUAUGUUACAGUAUACUCAUUUUGGUUAAGGUAAAACACAUCACAUUUUUCUAUAAUCAAAAAAAUAAUAAUAAUAAUAACAGAAGGAAAUGAUUUAGAAGAGAUCUCUCUAGUUCCUUUGCAUAGUUACCUAUGGUUUUGCUUUAAAUAUAUUUUAAAUAUUUAAUAUAUUAACAUACACAUCAGAUUACAUUUCACAAUUCAAUUUCAAAAUACUUUUCACAGUUUACUUUCAUACUUUUCAACGCGAAUGCCUGACAUUACUUAAUCCUGCAGUGUAAGCAGAAACACAAUGUGUGUAACCACCUUAUGACCCACACAGUUGUUUUUACAUUGAGAGCUCUUAUUGCUGCAACAUGGUCACUGAUGUAAACAUUCCUCUAGCAACUUUUUAAUUUGAUUUCAUAUGAUUGAACUGCACUACAAACACCAAAAGAUGUUUAGGAUUUGUUUUCCAGCAGCAGCCACUUUCAAAUUGUACACGCUCAUAAUGAAUGAGGACAAUACAUAAUUAUGUCUUAAUAUACAUUUACAUCUCAUUAAAAUGAACCCAAUCCACAUAGUAGAAAAAAGUGCUUCUGCAGUUAGUUAUAAUUCCUUUAUUUCAAAAUACUGGCCACACAAACACAUUGGAACUCAACACAGUCCACUCCAGGACAGAAUCCAGUGUUAGUUUGUCAACAUCUUGACAACACCA